UUCCGCAAGGGCUACCAGCUCUUGGACCCUUAUGUCACCGUCAGCGUGGACCAGGUGCGCGUUGGGCAGACCAGCACCAAGCAGAAGACCAACAAGCCUACCUACAACGAGGAGUUCUCUGCCACGGUUACCGACGGCCAUCAGAUUGAGCUGUCUGUGUUCCACGACACCCCCAUCGGCUACGACGACUUUGUGGCCAACUGCACCUUGCACUUCCAGGACCUCUUGCGCUCCACGGGCCCCAGCAACAGCUUCGAAGGCUGGGUGGAUUUGGAACCAGAAGGCAAAGUGUUUGUUGUCAUAACUCUCACAGGCAGCUUCACAGAAGGGACCCUCCAGAGGGAUCGAAUUUUUAAGAACCUCACUCGGAAACGCCAGCGGGCGAUGCGAAGGCGAGUGCAUCAGGUGAACGGGCACAAAUUCAUGGCUACCUACCUGCGACAGCCUACGUACUGCUCGCACUGCAAGGAGUUCAUCUGGGGCGUCUUUGGGAAGCAGGGAUACCAGUGCCAAGUAUGCACCUGUGUUGUACACAAGCGCUGCCAUCAUCUAAUUGUUACAGCUUGCACGUGCCAAAACAAUACUAACAAGACCGAUCUCAAGGUGACUGAACAGAGGUUUGGAAUCAACAUUCCUCAUAAGUUCAGCGUCCACAACUACAAAGUCCCGACUUUCUGUGACCACUGCGGUUCCUUGCUCUGGGGACUCAUGCGACAGGGCUUACAGUGUAAAAUCUGUAAAAUGAACGUCCACAUCCGAUGCCAAGCAAACGUUGCGCCGAACUGUGGGGUGAACUCAGCAGAGCUUGCUAAAACCUUGGCAUGCAUGGGUCUGCAACCAGGAAGCAUUUCCCCAAAUUCGAAACUGGUUUCAAGAUCUACUUUGAGACAUCAGGGAAAAGGCAGCCUGAAAGGUGGCAACAACGUUAGUGAAAGCUCAGCGAGCAAACUUGGGAUCAAAGACUUAACCUUCCUUCGUGUAUUGGGAAAGGGCAGUUUUGGAAAGGUGAUGCUUGCCAAGAUGAAGGAGAGUGGGCAGCUCUAUGCAGUGAAGGUGUUGAAGAAGGACGUCAUUCUCCAAGAUGACGAUGUUGAAUGCACCAUGACCGAGAAACGCAUCCUUUCCUUAGCAAGGAACCACCCAUUCCUCACCAAGCUCUACUGUUGCUUCCAGACUCCUGAUCGCCUGUUCUUUGUGAUGGAGUUCGUAAAUGGCGGGGACUUGAUGUUCCAUAUUCAGAAGUCGCGUCGCUUCGAUGAAGAUCGGGCCCGGUUCUAUGCUGCAGAAAUUAUUUCAGCCCUUAUGUUUCUCCAUGAAAGAGGCAUCAUUUAUCGGGACUUGAAGCUGGACAACGUGCUGCUGGACUACGAGGGUCACUGCAAGCUGGCAGACUUUGGGAUGUGCAAAGAGGGCAUUCACAAUGGCAUUACCACAGCCACCUUCUGUGGUACACCAGACUACAUCGCUCCGGAGAUCCUGCAGGAGAUGCUGUAUGGCCCUGACGUAGACUGGUGGGCCAUGGGCGUGCUGCUGUACGAGAUGCUGUGCGGCCACGCACCCUUCGAGGACGCGGUGGCAAUCCUCAAAGCAUUCAUGACGAAGAACCCCAACAUGCGCCUGGGCAGCCUGGGUCUGGGCGGCGAGAGUGCGAUUCUGCGCACCCAGCACAGUGUUCCCUGCUCAGGCCACUGUCAGCUGAGUGGUUCAAAUGGCAGACAGGCUGCAGAGGACACAAAAUCCAAAGAUGACGUGAGCAACUUUGAUCCAGAUUUUAUAAAAGAGGAGCCCGUUCUGACUCCCAUUGAAGAAGGAAUUCUUCCGAUGAUAAACCAAGAUGAAUUUAGAAACUUUUCAUUCACAAGCCCGGAACUGCAGCAAUAG